GUCCUUCCCCCCGUGUGGCUGCGGCGGCUGCGGCGGCUGCGGCUCGGUCGGGCCGUGAAGGGAAGCCGCUUCUCCUCCGCCAUCACCGCUGCUGCCACGGACCUGUGCCACCACGGGCGGGGAAGAGGCAGCGUGGGGAUGGCGGUGUCAGCGUGCAGGAGCCGGCGGCUGCUGAGGUACUAAAGUCAAGUGCGGACAGUAAAAUCUCCUUCAUUUAGACAUUUUGAGGUUGAGAAUGGCAGGUUUCUCUUCCUUUGGAUGGUAGAUGCUUCAUGCUGAAAAUACAGUAAGGCUCUUGGAUCAUCAGGAUGAAAUCAGAAUUGAGCCAUCUUCUAAAAGAAUGAAGUCAACAGAAGGGGCUUGUGAGAAACUCCCUGAUGUUGAUAACAAAGGUACUCAGGAGAAGGUGGAUGUUGAGAAAAAGUCAAAUGGUUGUAUACCUUUGUGUGCCUUAGAUAAACAAGGGCAGCAUGAAAUGCAGAACCAAGAGGAAAUACUUACUGGUGUCUUGGGAUCCUUGAAUGAAGUUCUCCCUGAAAAUAAUCCAGUACUUUGUAAGCCAGUUGAUUUAGAAACUGUGCAGAAUGUAAAUCCUCCGUUUGCGUCAAUAAAUGACUCUAAAGCUGAAGAAGAAAAAGGCCCUUUUAUUACAAAUAAUGCUGGUGAAGAUAAUAUUGAGAAAAGCAGUACAUUAUUCUCAGUAAAUAGAAAUGAAUCAGAUGAAGACUUUUUUACAAGCAGAGAUUUCAUAGGACCGAUUUACAAGCCUGCUAAAAGUAACAAACAGGACAAAUCUGGCAAUUGUAGUGGAUGUAGGAACAAUGAAGGAGAUGAGAAUGAAUUAUAUGAAAACAGAUCUAAAAGAAAGGAGGCAAAGAAGAUGCAGGCUGUUUCUGCUGCUGUACCAGAAAUAGAUGAUGAACUGGACCAGUUCUAUAAAGAAAUUCACCAGCUGGAAAAUGAAAAUUUAGAUGCUAAUCUUCAGGAAAAAGAAACUGAAAUUUCUCAGGAGCAGCACUCUCCAUUUAGCUGUAGUCAAAGCUCAGAAGAGAAUUCUCAACCUGUAUUGUUGGGCAGUCCGCAGCCAUUUUACGAGAAUGGACAGUGUUUUUCGGGGGAACAGAACAGUCAGAAAACAAGCAAAGAGCAGCAGUCAGUUGUGGAGACAGGUGGCUGGAAAACUGAAAAUACUUUUAAUGGCCAAGUUGAUGCUUGGAACUGCUCAGUGCCUGAAUUCAGACCUGCUUGGCAGACUAGUGCAUCUUUCAGAAAACCUCAGGGAUCUCUUCCUCCUAGAUUCAACCAUCAAUCCCAUUUUCAGAUACUUAAUUCCCUACCACAAAUCCAAAAUACUCUCUCUUCUCAGAAUGGGGGGCUUUCUUAUGAAAAUUAUCAUUGUUACCAUGAAAAUACUGAUAUCAACAGUCGUGGUCCACUGCUUGAUCAAAAUACCAACUAUUCUGGUCAUAUGGACAUCCAUUCUACUCAGGUCUUCAGGAAUGGAAGUAAUGAUCAGAAUGGACUCCAAAGUAAUGGUUUCUGUGAAACCAGAGAAGAAUGUUGGAAGGGUUCAAAAGCUGACAGUAGAGAAGGAAUGCGCAGCUUUUCUUCAUUGCAGUUAUCGGAAGAAAGAUUCAGUUGUUCACGGAAAUUGCUUUUAAUCUUAAGAGGCCUACCAGGUUCAGGGAAAUCAACACUUUCUCGGGCUCUGCUUGGUCAGAGUUGUGAUGGCAUUGUGCUCAGCACCGAUGAUUAUUUUCGUCAGCAGUAUGGAUACACGUAUAAUGCUGCUCAGCUUGGUGAUGCCCACGAGUGGAACCGGAAGAGAGCAAAGCAAGCAAUGGAGCAGGGAAAAUCUCCAGUUAUAAUAGACAACACUAACACUCAAGCCUGGGAAAUGAAGCCGUAUGUGGAAGUGGCUCUAGAAAAAGGAUACAGAGUGGAAUUCCGUGAGCCAGAUACUUGGUGGAAGUUUGAUCCUGAAGAAUUAGAAAAGAGGAAUAAACAUGGGGUCACUCGUGAGAAGAUUGCUCAGAUGUUGGAACGAUACGAAUAUCAAAUAUCCAUCCCUAUUGUCAUGAAUUCAGUGGUACCUCCCCACAAAAACACUCAAAGACCACCUCUGCAGAGAAGACAUAGGGAGGCAAUUUUAAGCAAGAACCCUGGAUACCUGUUAACAAAAGCAAAACAGAAGAAAAAGAGAAAAAGAAACAAAACAAUGAAAAGUAAUCGUACAGAAAUUACGAAGAAAAUGUUAUGUGGAGUAGCUCAUCAUCCAAUUCCAGGUGACCAUGAUGGAUCAGAAAGCGAGGAGGAUGAUUUGGAAGAAGAAAACAAAAAAUCUUUGUGUACAUUCAGCAAAGACCCAGAGGAUCCAGUAGCAGUUUGUGAAGAGCAGUCUAAGAGUGGUGAUGAAAGCCUAAAAGAAGCUUCAGGGGUUUCAAGGGAGAGUUUUCUGGUCACUGUGCCUGAGGUCUCGGUGAUGUCAAAUAGUGCAUGGAAAAAUGAAUUGCCUGUAGAAAGUGACAGUUUGCUUUUAAGAGAUGUAAAACCUUUUUGUACUGAAAACCUAACCAAAAAUGCACUAGAUGAUGAGGAAGCAAAUCAAAGGCACAAAGACAGUCUUUGCAGUUUCCUAAAAAUAAGCAGUGAUAAGAAUUCCAUCCAGGAAACAGAAGGCAUUUCUGAAGACUAUGGUAUGUCACUGUUAAGCACAGAAAACAAACUGAGAUCAUGUCAAAUUACAUGUGAACCUGACUUGGAAGCCAAGCUGGUAAGUUUAAACAGUGAAGAAGAAAUCUCUCAGUGUUACAAUUCCAGUGUACUUGAUAACGUGCCUGAUAACACAGAGGGCAAAGGUGCAUUAAAAGCAGAAGAGACUAGCUCCAGUGCCUGGGCUUUUUUUUCAAUUAGUUUGUCUACUGAGGAGUUGCAGAUGGGCUUCAAUACUCAAAUGUCUCUCUCUCCUUACUCUGAGGAUAAAUUCGUAGGUGAACAAAGACCUCAGAAAGUGAUGAAACCUGAACAGACUCACACAAACAGUUCAGCAAAGCUAAACUGCCAUCAGUCAAGUGAAGGAUUGGUAAAGGAAAACCAUCAUGAAACAGAAACGGAGGAGACUGGCAACGUAAUAAGCAAUGGUCUGUCUGCAUCUCCAACUGGUAAAGUGCACUUCAAUUCCCUAGGGGAAGCCAGGGCUACCUUCACGCAGGGUUCAAGUGAGGUAAAUGUGCCAAUAAAUGAUGCUACACCAAUUACAUUGAAGAGGAAGAGAUACAGGAGAAUUGUCAACUUAGCACCAAAGUUUAACCUUCCAAGACAGAUCACUGGUCAUACAGAGGGAGGGAAGGAAGUCCCGAUAAGAGAAGAUAUUCCCCAGAAAAGUGUUUUGGAAGUGAGGCAGAAGAACUUUCUAAGCAAGAACUGUGGAGAAGCACAUGAACAGGACCAUUCAUUGCAGGAAUAUUCCUUACCCACUCCAGAUGCAGAUGCUCUGUUACAUAAUAUUUCUUACGUUCAUUCAGAACAGUGUUCUCCUAUAUUAAAAUGUGCCUUCAAGGUUUGUGUAGAUUCCAAAACUAAGGAGGAGCAAGCUACAACACUUCAGCCACAACAGGUAGUUGAUAAAAGAGAGGAUGAGUGUGAACAUGUUUCUUCAGAGGUUACAAAUGGCCAGCCGGAUACUUUGCCUUCUCUUGAAGUUGUUUCUGAAUAUCUAGAAGAUUCUAAUACAUUGGCAAGCUGCAGUGCAAAUGCAAAUGAAGCAGAUGACUCUGAGCCAGCAAAGGCCUCACAACUUGAAGAUUGUCAAGAUGCAGAUAUGAAAUGUAGUUUUCUGGGACUUCCCUUAUCAUUAGGAUUUGCUUUUCAACUUGUGCAGCUCUUUGGUUCUCCAGGUCUUCCACUGGAAUCCUUGUUGCCAGAUGAUUAUAUAGUUCCCCUUGACUGGAAAGUUUCAAAGAUGAUCUAUUUACUGUGGAAGACCUCUGUAGAGGAAAAACAGAAAACAAACGGAUUGCAGAAUGGAGAUGGUUUGACUGACGAUAUUCUUAGUCUUGAAGAUCUAAAUAAAAAUCACCAAGGGAAUCAAGACUCUCCUGAAACACUAUCAGACAUGGAGCUGUGUCAAGAUGUGAUAGAGGAGAACAUCAUAACCUGCACUGGCACUGGCUGUCUGGAUGCUGCAUUUCAUCAGUCAUGACUGACUGUCUUAAAUUCUGCAUGAACAAACAGAAACUUCUUGCUUUGAUUCCACCGUGGAAGGACUUCAGCUGGCCACCAAGGAUUUUAAAUGUGAGGGAUAACUUGGAAGAAAGAAACUACUGUAGAUUUUUUGGUGUACAUCUUUGGCCACCUCUCCCCAACACUGCCCCUGAUAUCAACCUCUCUGUCCAUGUAAUAAUGAUAAAAAUUGAGAUAACUUUGUGGAUGACAACAGGACAUUUUCUGAAGCCAUUUGGAUUUACACUUUCUCAGCACAUCCUCAAGUGUGGUAUAAAGAGAUUGAGAGUGGAGACCAGAGGCAUCUGUCACCAUGGGGUGUGAGCUUCAGGCUCUGGUAUUUAAUUCACUUAUAUCAGGAUCCAGGAUGUUGCAAGAGGAGCAGGCAGUGAUGCUCACCUGCAGGGAAAGGUGCUUGGUACGUGUCUCAGCCUACUUCUGCCUUCACCCUCAGUCAUAAUUGCACCUAGUCUCUUUACAACCUCACAUGGUAAAAUUCUUCACCUGUUAUCCCUACUCACUCAUCCAGGGGUACACAACUUCCCUUCUUUUCUCCUGAAACCAGGCUUUAUGCAUCCCUUCAGCUGGACUCAUUCGGGACUACAAAAACUAGAACAUUUCACUAUAGAACUGAUUCAAACACACUGGAGGAAGGAUGUGUAUGGUUUGUAGCAGAUUGAGAAGAUGCUUAACUAGCACUGGUAACCAGUGAUUGGAUGUUUCUGUUAGUGGUGUUGGAAAUAUUUAUGUAUGUAGAGAGAGCUAAAUUUUAAUUAAUUAUAGAAAGCAUCCUUUGUCAAUUAUAAGGCAUGCAUAAGGCUGGACACUUCUUUGUAGGGAGAGGGAAUGGCAGAAAAGACAACUGUCAUCUCACUUAACAAUGACAAGUGUGAGAAAAGAUUGAGGAGAAGCAGGAAACUUAGGUUGUGUCUACUUGUCAGAAAUAAUAUUUCCCACUUGUGCAGCUUGCAGAUCCAGAAUAUUUCUCUAUUUAUUCUUUCAUCUCCUCUUCCUCACCUUUCCCUGCAUGUGUUUAUACAUCAGCUGAAGAGCCAGGACCUGACCGAACUCGUGCUGAAGCUCCACUAUGCUUGAAUUUGCCAUGUCUCCACUCUCUACUUAAAUACUGCAUCUACAUGUAAGCAGUUAACAACGUAUGUAUUUCUAAAUUAAUGUUGUACCACUGGCAAAAUUUUCCGGCUGCACUGUUUGAAUGGAAGUCCCAUGUACAUGUGUGUGUUUUCCUUGGCUGGAAAUGUCCUGCUCUCCUACCAGCAGAACAUUAUACAAAAUGUAAAAAGGAGGAGGAAGGGAUUUCAUACCAGCCAUGACCACCGCUUCAGACUUCUGUGGCAGCAGACAGGUUAGUUUGAUUUCAGGAAAAUGUCACUCAAGGAUUAAUACUGUCUUCCUACUUCUGUUUAUUGAGUGAAAGAUCUGAAUGCCUAUAUUUUCUCUUACUGAAUCCUGGCCUUCCAGAAAGCUUGAAAUAAAAAUAGUUUUUGAAAUCUUA